UAACACAAUCAAGAUGCGGUUCAUCACAAUCGUCGCACUAGCGGCAACGAUGACGCUGGCUUUGUUCCUGCGGUACUGCGAGGGUGCUGCGCUGCGGCGGCUGUCUCUGCCUGAUGACGACGAGGAGUUCAGGCCGCGGCCGCUGUACCGGGACUACCUGAUCCGGCGACCUGCUCGUGCAGACGAUGCCUUCGACGACUAUGGACACCUCCGCUUCGGCCGUUCUGACGACUGACGCCUGCCCGCCCUCAAACGACUCGCCGCGUACAAGAACAGAGAUCGAGCGCAACUCAA